AUGAAACUCGAGAUGAAACACUGUUCCGUGGAACCGUCAAAACUCAAGCACUUCCAGAGUCCUAGAACCAGGCACUCAUGUCUCUCUGGUGUCCAUGCUUGUUUGGCAGGGGCCGCGCUGGGCGAUUCCAUCCAACCCGAAGAGUUUCAGGUGUCGGCAACACAAGGAGUCGCGGUGACACUACGUUGCUCCUACAGUACCACCUACACUUCUGGUUACUAUCUGUACUGGUACCGCCAGCAUCGGGACCGAGCCCUACAAUACAUUCUGUACAGGGGGACGAAGGAGCUCAGUAAGUACAGAGGCACCGCAGAGUUCGCCCGGGAGCGGUUUUCUUCCCAAGCUGAUGACAACUCCACAGCCUUGACUAUCACGGCCCUGGAGCAGACAGACACUGCGGUGUAUCACUGCGCCCUGCAGUACCCACAGCGAGACAUUCACAUAGGAAACCUGCACAAAAACCCUCCCUGCAUGCUCACGGGAGUCUGGCGCUCGCAGCGGUUCCAAGUUUCUUUUAGUGCUAUAACGCCUCCACGCCCAGAACAGCACAGACAAGAGCCACAAGAACAGAGCUUCCGCCUCGCGGACUGCUUCCUCAGCGGGACGUGGGACACCGGCAGGUUCCGCCUGGGGACGCGCUCAGCUCCCUGCCGCAGCCUCGCUGCCGGGUUAACAAAGGAGGGAGGGUGCUUCCAGCCGCCCAUAGCACGAGCCCUUAAGAAACGGCCUUCCCAAGCAUAUCACCGUGGGAGCUCUUCUGCAUGGGGAUAGGUAGUAGAAGACACGCUCUCUCUCUCUUUCUUUUCAACCAAAGACGUGGCAUCCCAGUCCUUUAGCGACACCGACGGGAAUCAUAUCACUUGGAAACAACAUUUGCCUUCUGGAGACAGACGGAGGCAGAGCAGGAUGAGUUUCAUGCAGAAUGUCUGAUGUCCACCCCCUCCCAUCCCGCAACUUCCUGAACAUCGGGAGAAACCCUUCGUUGAACCCUCCUUUCCGUGUUGACCUAAAGCCACAGGCGACUUUCCACGUGAACUUCCAUCAUUGCACCACGAAACGUCUCUACAAAGCGGUUCUUCCUUGCUUUUAUUUCCCCAUGGUUUCCUGCAGUAGGUGGCUCUUCUGGGCUACCCAGUCUCUCAGUAUUUGUCCUUUCCUCCCCCAGCCCUUGACAUCGACGGCCUGACAGAACCCCGACUUUGUCUGGGGCUCCUUGAGCCAUGAGACGGGUUUUGAAGGCAGGGCAGAAACAAGGGAAGAGUGGAUUCUGCCGCCACAUCCGCGGGACGUUACCAAAGCAAAAAGGAGGAGCAUCACUUCUUUUAAGGCCCUUUUUAUCUAAGCGGCCUGUCCUUACUUAACUUCCUCUCUCUCCUAGCGCUGCCCCGACCUGAGACAAGGGUUAGGCCAGUCUGAAUUUAUGCAGCUGUUCCCCCAAA